GGCACAGCCAGGCCAAAGCCAAUUCAGAAAUAGCGCAAUAUAACGUUUCCUUGCUUUUCGGCACAUGUACGUAUCACACAGAAAGACAUUAAACCUUUAAGAAAUCGUUAGAAACCCGUCUUCAAUUCGGCAUACAUUCAACACAUCAUGCAUCUCUGUUGUCAAUGAAUUUCAAACUUUUGAAAGUAACUUCGCUUUUAUUUGUAGGAUUUUCUGUCAUUGCCGUCAGAGUAAGUUAACGCUACCUAGUCUCACUCAGGUGGCAGGCAAAGAACCACGUAAAAAAUUAUAGAAAAAAGUGAUGCUAGAUGGCCCAGAUGUGAGCCGAAUUUACCAGUAGACUCUAAAGAUUGUGAAAAUAACGUGUUGCAAGACGUGUACUUAAUGAGCAAGGAUACAUUAAAUAUGCGAGAAAUCUGAAUGGGAUUCGGUGUGACCGUCUCUCCACAACUUCUGGCAGCAUGCUCCAGCCUUUUUCAUCAUGAACAUGUUCAGGAGAGAUAAAGGCUCAGCAGCACCAACCCCAGUGGUCCCACCUAGACCCAGCACGGAGGAGUUGGACAACCCCGUCAGACACAGCCUGAACAAAGCGGAUGCAGCAAUUAGACCUGUGCCACAGGACAAUAACAAUGAGGUCACCAGCGAGUCUCUCCCCAAAGCCAAGAGGACUGGGGUGAUGGGUGUCGUGCAGAAGGUCAACCCGUUCAAGUCUACCUCCCAGGCACCCUCCACUGUCAACAAAGCUCCUUCUGAGUCACUGCAACAGGCUGCUGCCCCAGACUCCACACAGAACCCUGGUAUGCUGAAAGGGGUCAUGCAGAAGGUCAACCCGUUCAAGUCCGCCUCACAGGUCUCAUCUGCAGACAGUCGAGCUGCUUCCUCGGAGUCACUGGAACAGGGAAGUGUUGCUGACUCUGCGCAGGUUCAGAACCCUGGGAUGUUGAAAGGCGUCAUACAGAAAGUAAACCCCUUCAAGUCAAGUUCUGCACAGGUGUCAAAGGAGGAUCCUCAAAAUGACUCUGCAGACCCACAAGAGGCUGGGAAACUUGAAGGCAAACAGAACCCAGGGAUGUUCGUAGGGAUGAUGCAGAAAGUCAACCCCUUCAAAUCCUCCUCACAGCCACAGGACACUCGGUCCAUACACAGCGAUCUCUCCUCCAGUGGCGGAAGCUUGGCAGACAAUAACAAUGUGCCGGAGAAGCAGAACCCAGGGAUGUUCAAAGGGAUGAUGCAGAAAGUAAAUCCGUUCAAGUCUUCCACACAGAUGCCAAAGGAGGAUUGUCAGACAGACUCUGCUGAUCUCCAAACAGGCUCCUCGGUCAAGAUGCAGGACACCCAGUCGCUUCACAGUGACCACUCCUCCAGCUCUGGCAGCUUGGAUGACAGCACCAUAGACAGACAUACGAUUUGGUACGCCGACACUGAAGCCAGCUGUGAAGUGAAAAGCCAGCCACCUGUGGCAGAGAAGAAGAGAUUUGGGACUUUCAGAAUAAGGAGGAUUCUCCCCGGUGCAUUGUUCAGCUCUGGAACCAAGGACUCCACCAAAGCAUCAUCUGACUCUCAGCCCUCGCCUCAGGAGGAGGCAGUAGAAGUCCAAGUGCUAGAGAUGGCUGAAGUACCGGUGCCCAGUGAAGGAGCAGCUCUGGACCCUCUAGAAGAUGAAGAUGGCCUUCUGUCAUGGUGGAGAACAGUCGAGGGCUGGGAUGAGUGGAAUGAGUCAAACCAGGCAGAGGAGGCUGAAGUUGUGGUGGAGGCAGCAGCUGAUCGUGUCUUCAUGGCGGCUCGUCUCUUCGUCCGCCUGUUCAACCAGCGCGGCGCCUCUCUCCAGCAGCGCAUCCUCGAGCUCCUGGCUGUGGCCGACUCAGCCGACGCGUUCCACAAGAAAACCGUCACGGCCAGCGUCGGCGGCGGGGUGGCCAGCGUCGCGGGGUCCGUCACCACCAUCACGGGCCUGAUCCUGGCCCCCUUCACCAUGGGAACGUCGCUCAUCGUCACGGCGGUCGGCAUCGGCGUAGCGACAGCCGGAGGGGUGACAUCGGCCUCAGCCAACAUCACGGACACGGUCCAUUCAAAGACGGACCGCAAAAAGGUGGAGAAGAUGAUCCAAGACUACCAGGAGGAGAUAAAUGACAUCAAGGAGUGUCUGGAGUUUUUGCAGGAGGGUAUGGAGACCCUUGAGGAGUGGGACUUUGAGGCUUACUGUGAGAGCAUCUCGAAAAAACACCUCAACCAGAACGUCAAGCACGUAAUGAAGGAGGGUGGCCGUGCAGGCAAGGCUUUAAUGAUCAACACGGAGAGCCUGAUCAACACUGUGCAGGUCCUCAGCGUGGCCGGCGGUGCCGCUAAAGCUGCCCAGGUGAUGAGCGUCACCACCGGCGUCAUGUCAGGUCUGUUUCUGGCUCUCGACGUCUUCUUCCUGGCAAAGGAUUCCAUGGAGCUGAAAAAGGGCGCCAGGACGGACUUCGCCGCCAAGAUCCGAGAUGUGUGUAAGGAACUGCAGGACGGUCUGCUGGAGCUGAACCGCAUUAAAGAGGAGCUGCAGAAAACCAUGGACGGGAUAGAGGUGGAAGUGGAGGAGGAGGAUGAGGAGGAGGAUGAAGAUGUGCUGGAGUGUGAUCCUAAGAAACUUGCCGAGCUUGAAGAGUGAAAAGGGCAAGAAAUGUGAAGGGACAGUGGUCAGGGGAAACUAAACCAAAGCUUCACCGCCUUCAUCCUGCAUCACAAAAUCCCAGCAAGCCUCAGAAAUGAAAAGAAAAUCAAGUUAUACAUCUCAUGAGUUUUUAAUGUGAUUCAGUAGUUUUGGGCAACACACAGGCCCAAACUGUCAGAAGUGCAAUUUUAAGUAGCUGUUUUUUUAGAUAUAUAUAUUGUAUAUAUUUAUAAUAUUUAAUGUAGUUAUUUUAGUUAUGUCCUAAAUUCUGUGUUGUAUUGUCCUUUUAUGUCAUAUGUAUCUUAAAUCACUUAAUAGUUUCUUGGCAAUAAAGAGGGUUUCUGAUUGA